AUGGGCUGGCUCUGGGGUAGCAGCGACAACCCCGACAAGCUCGAUCCGUCGCUGCGCGAGUUUUUGAAGAAAGAAGCACCUACAGGGCCAAAGCCCACACUCCCCACCGCACCAAAAAAGAAGCCUGUCGAGACAGCACCGGCAGCAGCACCAGCGCCGUCUACACAAGCAACUGCAGAGUCCGAAAGACCGAUCGUGCCGCCUCAGUCGCAGUUCCAAGAUGGCCGCUACGCACAUCUCUGGAAAAACUACACACCACAAGAUGUCCUCAUGGACCGAGGGAAGAACGAGCAGGACAAGUUGAGGGAUCUUGUGGAUGCAUACAACGACCGCAAUGCCUCCAUUGGGCAAAUCGCUAUGGAGAACUGUGCGCUUGAGUACAUGGAGCAGUUCGAGUGCUUCAGGAAUCCAAAGACAUGGUGGUCCCUAGGCACAAUGUGCAACGCCGAGUCAAGGAGAUUUAAUCGCUGCUACGACGUGCAGUCGAAGUUCCUAAAGGCACUUGGCUAUCUGACACUGGAUGCUCGAUCACCAGAAGAAGACGAGAAGAUACAAAUGCACGCCGACAAGCUAUACCAACAGAUGCUCAAACAAGAAGCGGAGAUCGAAAAGGCAGAAGCCGAGGGCAGGGAGCCGCCCAAGUUCGAGAGCGUACUGUCCAAGGCAAAUGUUGCGCGGGCUAUGGCCGGCAAGCAGACCACCAUCACACCUCUGCCGGCUCAAGGUAGCGCGCCAGUCGAUACGGAGGACGAAAUAUGGAGUCAAAUCAAACCUGAAGCUCGCAAAAAGUACGAGGAGAGCAUCGCUAAGCUGCCGCCAAAAGACCAGGAGUUCGAACGCAUGGCAAUACUGGGCGAGCUGAAAGCGCAGACAGGCAUGGCCAAGCAGGUUGAGGAGACAUUUGUAGAAGAACGCAUAAACCGGAUGAAGAGGAAAGAAGCCGGGCAAGCAACGAUAGGGGAUACUAUCAAGAGCUGGUGGGGCUGGGGCUGA